CGCGGGAGGGCGGCGGCGGCGGGGAAGGAGGAGGCGCUGAGGCCACACCCAUCGGCGAGCGGAUCCGCGGGCUGCGCGUCGUCGGCCGCCGCGCUCCAGCCUCCGCCCGCACCGAGCCGCGGGACCCGGCCGCACCGGGGAGGGGCCGCUCCGGGCCGCAACGCGAGGGCAGCGAGGGCGGCGGGGACCCGGCACCGGGCGCGGCCGGCGGCAGCGACCAUGAUCGCUUUGUUUAACAAGCUGCUGGACUGGUUCAAGGCCCUGUUCUGGAAGGAGGAAAUGGAGCUCACGCUGGUGGGGCUGCAGUACUCGGGCAAGACCACCUUCGUCAACGUGAUCGCGUCAGGACAGUUCAAUGAGGACAUGAUUCCCACUGUGGGUUUCAACAUGCGCAAAAUCACCAAAGGGAACGUGACCAUCAAGCUCUGGGACAUUGGGGGGCAGCCUCGAUUCCGCAGCAUGUGGGAGCGUUACUGCAGAGGAGUGAGUGCCAUUGUGUAUAUGGUGGAUGCUGCAGAUCAGGAGAAGAUCGAGGCCUCCAAGAACGAGCUCCACAACCUGCUAGACAAGCCCCAGCUGCAAGGCAUCCCGGUCUUAGUCCUCGGUAACAAGCGAGACCUAGCGGGAGCGCUAGAUGAGAAGGAGCUGAUUGAGAAAAUGAAUCUGUCUGCUAUCCAGGACCGAGAGAUCUGCUGCUACUCCAUCUCCUGCAAGGAGAAAGACAACAUAGACAUCACCCUACAGUGGCUUAUUCAACACUCAAAGUCACGGAGAAGCUGAGACUGUGGCUCUUCUCCUUCGGACCAGGGACCACAGGCACCUAACCUGAAGCCGAGCUCCCCGCCCACCGAUGUCUCCCCCAAACCCACUACUCCUCACCCAGUGUGGGGAGGGCCCUCUGGGGCUCCUAGAGUCCCGUUCUGCUGAGGUUUGAACUCCUGUUUUUAUUGUAAAAUAAAUCCCCCCCCCAAUCUGGUCCCCUAACCUCUCUCUUUCUCUCUUUGUCCCUCACCUCACCCCACUUCCCUCCCCUCCCAAAAGCCCUGGCCCCGCAACCCCUGUCCUCACUUUCUGUCCCACCCUCUACCUCCCUUUUCAACACCUCUGUUAUUGUCCUGUGUGUACAGUAUAUAUAUGUAUAUAUAUUUUAAUUUUUUAAUUUAAGCAAAGACUUAAGAUCAACCAUUUGAUGCUGCAGGGGCCAAUCAGGACCUGGGAGGGGCAAACUGGAAAGAUGGGAAGAGAUGCAGGGUCAACUUGGGGCAAGUUCAGAUGCAAAAAGGUGGUCACUGGCUGGUACUUGGGGCAUGUACCAGCCUCACCACUGGUGAUUAUCCCCAUGUCCUGUAAAGUAUUUCUGUCUCCCAGUAAAGGGCCUGAAUACUCAGGCCGGCAGGAGCCUCCUUUCUGUCCCCAGCCUUGGUAGGGCCACCAGGCACAACCAGGUAGCAGAGACCACCAGGCCUAAGAGGGAGGAAGCCAGUGUCCAUGCCAUCCAAGCGACCCCCAUGCUCACUGUUGCCAGCCCCAGCUCCUGCCUCUACCCAGGGCCUCCACCUCCAUGGCCCAUUUCAUUUUCUGUUCUCAUCUCACCGAGUUGUACAAGGAGAGAACUCAGCAUGGGGGGUUGGUUCUUUGGGUUUUGUUUGUUUGUUUAUUUGUUUAAUUUAAUGAUUUGUAAAGUGAUGUUCCUCUUCCUUUUUACACUUUCCAGCUCAUAUUUAACCUCUGUUUGGAAAAUGAUUCUUGUAACUGUACAUUUUUUUUUUUUGCCUCCUAAUAAUGACAAUAAUAAAUUACCAAUUUUGUGUUGGG